AUGUUUCAAAUUUUCAGUUAUUACAGUUUCCUAAUCUCUCUCUCCUUCCUCUGCCUCUCCCGCCCUUCCUUUCCCGCCAGAAUCUUACCGGACUCCUCAUCAACUGUCAUAACCGUCGAUACGCACAACACCACUACCACGUGGCAUGAGUUCACUCGCUUCCUUGAUGCCGGGAAGGGCAGUCAAGUCAGUGGCAUGUCGGAGCUGAAGAAAUACUUCAACCGUUUCGGUUACCUCCCUAUUCCGGAUACGAACAAUUUCACCGAUAUCUUCGAUAAGCAAUUCGAAUCAGCGGUUAUUGCAUAUCAAACUAAUCUAGGAUUACUUGUGACAGGUAAACUAGAUUCUGAUACUAUAUCAACGAUCGUGUCACCUAGAUGUGGAGUUGGUGACACAAAGACUCAUAACUCAACGUUUCAUGUGACAAAACAUUUUGCAUAUUUUUAUGGUAAGCCGAGGUGGGCACGUCAGGCACCGGUGAUACUAACCUAUGCGUUUUCGCAGAAUCAUAUGAUUGAUUACAUAGGUUUAAACGACAUAAAGACAGUUUUCAAGCAUGCCUUUUCUAGGUGGGCACAGGUGAUUCCAGUGAGUUUCAUGGAAAUUGAAGAUUAUCCAUCAGCAGAUAUUCGAAUUGGGUUUUAUCAUAGGGAUCAUGGCGAUGGAGAACCGUUUGAUGGGGCUCUAGGAGUACUGGCUCAUGCAUUUUCACCGGAGAAUGGGAGGCUUCAUCUUGAUGCAAGUGAAACGUGGGCCCUUGAUUUUGAGAAAACUAAAUCAAGGGUGGCCGUUGAUUUGGAAUCAGUUGCUACGCAUGAGAUUGGGCAUGUACUUGGAUUGGCUCACUCUUCGGUAAAAGAAGCUGUGAUGUAUCCAAGUUUGAGUCCCGGGACUAAGAAAGUGGACCUUAAGAUUGAUGAUGUAAAAGGUGUUCAAGCUCUUUAUGGGUCAAAUCCUAAUUUCACGUUUAGCUCCUUGUUGGCAUCGGAGAAUUCAUUUAACAAGGGAAUUGGUCUAAGAAAUACUAGACCAUCAAAGUGGACUAUUUCUUUAGUGGUGGGCAUUUUGAUACUGUUUCUAUGUACAAAAUGA